AUGGCAAGAAAAUGGCGUAGAGAGGCAGCCAAGGGUGGUCCAACGGUGGCUAAUAAGGGCCACUUUGUGGUUUACACAGCGGAUCACAAUCGUUUCGUGAUUCCAUUACAUUAUCUUAACAACAAUAUAUUCCGUGAGCUGUUGAAGAUGUCCGAGGAUGAAUUUGGCUUGCCAACCAAUGGGCCUAUCACUUUGCCUUGUGACUCGAGCCUCAUGAACUACUUGGUGUACGUCUUUGAACGAUCCCUAACCAAUGAAUUGGAGGCUUUACUUGUUUCGAUUGCUACAAAUCGAUGUUAUUCGUUAGAUCAAGGAGGAGAAAAUGGUACCCAUGUGUUGGUUUAUGGUUUCUAA